UUCCCUGUCAGAAACCAGGAAGUGGGUCGCUCGCUGUUGUUUGUGUUCGUUGGUCUCUAAUCGUCUCUGUUUUUCUGAUUCAAUACAGCGCUUUUACGGGGCGAAAUGGCGACUUUUAUUUCAGUCCCGCUAAAAAAGUCCUCUGAGGUGGAACUGGUGAAACCAUUGUCGAAGUUUGUCACAGCCACAUACCCAGCAGGAGAGGAGCAGGCGGAGUAUCUGCGCGCUGUGGACGAGUUGAACAAGCUCCGCAAGAGCGCCCUGGGAAGGCCGCUGGACAAACAUGAGAGCUCCCUGGAGAUCUUGCUCAGAUACUAUGACCAACUGUGUUCUGUCGAGCCCAAGUUUCCCUUCUCUGAAAACCAGCUCUGCUUAACCUUCACAUGGAAGGAUGCCUUUGACAAAGGAUCGCUGUUCAGUGGCUCAGUCAAGCUCGCGUUGGCCAGCAUUGGCUAUGAGAAGACGUGUGUGUUGUUCAACGCCGCAGCGCUGGCCAGUCAGAUCGCCUCCGAGCAGAACCUGGACAACGACGAGGGACUGAAGACUGCAGCCAAAUUCUAUCAGCUGGCCAGCGGUGCGUUCGGGCACAUCAGGGACACGGUGCUGUCCGCUCUGAACAGGGAGCCCACCAUGGACAUCUCCCCCGAGACUGUGGGCACCCUGAGCAACAUCAUGCUGGCCCAGGCGCAGGAGGUCUUCUUCCUCAAAGCAGCUUCAGAUAAGAUGAAAGAUGCUGUCAUCGCCAAGUUGGCCAAUCAGGCUGCAGAUUACUACGGCGACGCCUUCAAGCAGUGCCAGUACAAAGACAACCUUCCAAAGUAUUUUUAUUUUCAGGAAGUGCUGCCGGUGCUGGCGGCCAAGCACUGCAUCAUGCAGGCAAACGCUGAGCUGCACCAGAGCAUCCUGGCCAAGCAGAAGAAACGCUUUGGAGAGGAGAUCGCCCGCCUGCAGCACGCGGCAGAGCUGGUGAAGACGGUGGCAACAAGUCACGACGAAUAUGUGAGCGUUAAGGACCUGACAGAAAAAAUCAAUCGAGCCCUCACCGCAGCAAAGAAAGACAAUGACUUUAUUUACCACGACCGCGUACCUGAGGUCAAGGAUCUGGAACACAUCGGCAAGGCAGCGCUGGUCAAACCCACCGCCAUCACACAGCCACUGAGCCAGAAAUUUGCAGACCUGUUUGAGAAGAUGGUUCCCAUGGCGGUGCAGCAGUCCAUGGGCGUUUACAGCCAGAGGAAGGCUGAGACUGUGAACAGACUGGUGGGAACGAUGAGGGAGGCCACCAACCUCUGCAACGGUGUGUUGGCGUCCUUAAACCUGCCCGCUGCUCUGGAGGACCUUUCAGGAGACUCCAUCCCACAAUCCAUUGCUGAGAAGGCCCGAGCCGUGGUGCAGCUGGGAGGACUGCAGAGCAUCGAGCAGCUGAUCAGAGAUCUGCCGGAGCUUCUGACCCGCAACAGAGAGAUCCUGGACGAGUCUCUGAAGAUGCUGGACGAUGAAGAAACAACAGACAACGAGCUGAGAAGCAAGUUCAACCAGCGCUGGAACAGAACCCCCUCUGGAGACCUCUACAAGCCCCUGCGUGCAGAGGGAGCUACCUUCCGCAACAUCUUGGACAAGGCUGUGCAGGCGGACCAGGUUGUGAGGGACCGCUACAACGCCCACUGUGACAUGAUCACCCUGCUGUGUAAACCAGAGAACGAGCUCAAUGCUGCCAUCCCCUCCGCCAACCCGACCAAGACCCUGCAGGGCAGCGAGGUUGUGAACGUGCUGCGCUCCCAGCUCGCCCAGCUGGACCAGAUGAAACGGGAGAGGGAGACCCUGGAGGUAGAGAUCAAGGCCGUGACCUUUGACAUGUCCACCGUCUUCCUGACCGCGCUCGCCCAGGACGGGGCCAUCAGCGAGGAGCAGAUGUCACUCUCUAAGCUCGACCAGUUGUACGGCGCCUACAACCAGAGGGUGCAGGCCACGCUCCGCACACAGGAAGAGCUGCUGGGACAAGUUCAGACGUCCCACCAGGAGUUCAGCAGUCUGAAGCAGUCCAACACGGAGGCCAACCAGAGGGAGGAGGUCCUGAAGAAGCUGGCUUCAGCCCAUGACAGCUACGUUGAGAUCAGCAACAACCUGCGCGAAGGCACCAAGUUCUACAACGACCUGACAGAAAUCCUGCUUAAGUUCCAGAAUAAAUGCAGCGACAUCGUUUUCGCUCGCAAGACAGAGCGCGAUGAACUACUUAAGGACCUGCAGCAGAGCAUCGCCCGAGAGCCCAGUGCUCCUAACUUCAGCGUCCCUGCCUAUCAGAGUGCCCCAGCAGCCCCCGCUGGAGGCCCGACCCCUGCACCGAGAACCGUCUUUACCGGACAGCCUCAGCAAGCCCAGCAGCAGCCCCAGGUGAAGCCCAAUCCCCCCCCAGCCAGGCCACCUCCACCGAGCUUCAACCCUCAGGCAGCUUCUCCUAAUCCCACCAACGCAACCCCCACCGGCCCUCCAAACAGUAAUCCACCAGCUAUGGCCCCGCCUUCCCAGGCCCAGGGACCACCUUACCCCAGCUACCCAGGGUACUAUCAGAUGCCUAUGGGCUACAAUCCAUACGCUUAUGGCCAGUACAACAUGCCCAACAUGCCCAACAUGCCCAACAUGCCGUACAUGCCCUACCAGCAGAAUCCAGGACAGGGAGGCUACCCAGCAGCCCCUCCUGGCGGACAGCCCUACCCUGGCUACCCCCAGCAACCCCCUCAACAGCAGCCCUACUACCCUCAGCAAUAACUCUGCACUCCCCUUCAUCCCUCUUAUCACGAGUUAACACCAAAUAAAAAAUAACCCCAGCAAUAACAAGUUAUCUCCAUUAGCCCCCCUCUCAUCUUUGUUUUUUUCUCACUAACAGCAGCUAUAGAAAGGUGAGGAGCGAUCUCAGAGCUGCUUUGCACUUUUCCACCUCUUAUCCUCUGUUCCCUCCUGCCAUCGGUUUUCUACCCUAGCUCAUGAUUUGGGUUAUUUUUUCUAAAUUAUAUUCAGUCUUUCAUCAAUGCACUAACCCCCUGUUUUGCCUUUUACGGUUAUUUUUUAACUACUCAUUUUCUAAUGGUUUUGAUAAUUGUUUAAAUGAAACCCUAACUGGUGUCCGUUGAUAACUGACUGGGCUGGACUGCUGUAAAACACUUGUGGAGGCGCACAGAAUCCUUUGUUUUCUGGUUAGGGUUUAUGUGUUGGGUGGGCGGAUGGGUGGUCAUUGCUAGUCUUUCCACUGAUGGGAGGACACAACGUCAUCCUCAACCCCCACCCACUCAAUCAACCCCCAGUGCUUCUAUAUCAACUAUAUUCCUAUUUUUGUAAUGAAUACCAAUGCCUCGCUGAUGUAUAAACCUAUAAAAAUGAAUGGCCCGUAGGUUUUCUAAUGUAGAAGAUGACUGUUGAGAAUUUUGCUCUUUUGCUCUUUUGCUCUUUUCUCUUUUACCCAGGGAAUGUUGGUAUAUUUCUGUGUUACAAUCAGACGCUAUACAAGUGGGAGAAAUAGCUCUAUUAUAUAAAUAUAUGUAUAAAUAAGACUCUGUAUGUGGUUAACCAAGACACUCUUUGUGCUGCACUCUCAUGCUCAUUUUGUUUAUUUUUAUUCCUCAGCUCUAAUGUGAUUAAAAACACCAACUGCCAGCCAGAA